AUGAUUGCCCGGUGUCUGACUUCGUUGUUCCUUGUUCAGAUUUUGGGAUUCCAUUCAGCUGUGUACGCACAUCCCGACAGCGUGCAGAUACAACCCCGCAUCAUUGGUGGCCAUGUGUCCAGCAUCAAGGAGGAGAAAUAUCUCGUACAGGUCACCACAUCAGAGGAGCUAUGUGGCGGAUCACUGGUUAAGCCGCGUUGGGUUAUCACCGCCGCUCAUUGCGUUUACAACAAGAACAAAAAUGACUUCAAGAUCUAUGGUGGUGCCUCCAAUCAGGCUGGUCCAUACGCCGUCAUUCGCACCGUGGACUACAUUGCGAUUCGUCCGGAUUUCAAUCGCAAGACCCUCAAUAUGGAUGUGGCUGCCUUGCGCUUGAAUUCGGAUAUGAUUGGAGCCAAUAUAGAGACCAUACCUCUGGCGGCACAAUCCGUUCCAGCUCGCGCUUUGGUCAAGGUAUCUGGUUGGGGUUUCCUAACUGCCGAUGCGACAAAGACUGCCGAGCGGGUGCACAGUGUGCUGGUGCCCAUGUGGUCGCGUGCAUCCUGCGUGUCUGCUUUCAGAGGAAUCCACCGCAUUACCCGCUCCAUGGUGUGCGCCGCCAGGCUGUACAAGAAGGAUUCCUGUGACGGCGACUCGGGUGGACCUUUGGUGUAUCGCGGCCAGCUGGCGGGGAUCGUAUCCUUUGGAUAUGGAUGUGCCUCCGCUUUGCCUGGCAUAUACACCAGUGUGCCUGAGAUCCGGGAUUGGUUUCAGCGCGUCGUCGAGCAGCAUUCCUGAGCAUAAUCUUAAGUCUUAGCUUUAAGAGUCAAUAAAUAGUUCAAGUUU